UACUAGCUGUCAUUCAGCCGAGCAACAGCAACUUCUGUUUACAUUUUUUCUUCGGCGCGGUUUCUAAAUUUUACAAUUUUCUUUGUAUUUUAUUUUAAAAUAAAUACUUUAAAAUGAGUUUCUUAAAACCAAAAACUGUUAUUGAACAAGGUGACACGGUAAUUAUUUAUUUAAGUGUAAAUAGCAUGCAUGCGAUCGAAGCUGUACCCACAAUAGUCAACAAAAAAGGCGAAGUUAUCGAGUAUGUCUUCCAAACGAGUUUCGGUGCAUUAAAAGUUAAAAAUAUCAUCGGUGUCGAAUAUGGUAGUAAAAUUGAACUUACCCGUGGCUGGGCAUAUGUCCUCCAACCCAAUCCAGAACUCUGGACUCAGACAUUGCCCCACAGAACUCAAAUUAUUUACACUCCAGACAUUAGCAUGAUUUUGUUUCAAUUGGAAAUAAAGCCGGGUAGUGUUGUCAUUGAAUCGGGUACUGGUUCAGGGUCAUUGUCACAUUAUUUCCUUCGUGCAGUUAAGCCCCACGGCCAUUUGCAUACAUUUGAUUUUCAUGAAGCUCGAGCUCAACAGGCACGAGAGGAAUUCCAAAGUCAUGGAUUGGGUGACUUUGUGACUGUGUAUCAUAGAGACGUUUGCCAAUUUGGAUUCACAAACGAAUUAAAAGGCAAGGCCGAUGCUGUGUUUCUUGAUUUGCCAGCACCACAAUUAGCUGUGCCGCAUGCAUUUGAGGCACUUAAAUCGUCUGGUGGUCGCUUUUGUUCCUUUUCCCCUUGCAUUGAACAAUCACAACGAUGCUGUGAAAAACUGCAAGAGCUUGGAUUUACCGAGAUUCAAUCACUUGAAGUACUACAAUCUGAGGACACAGUAAGAACAAAAAAUAUCCCAGUUAUGGAUCUGGAAUUCUUGAAACACAAGAAACCUACACCUUCUGCAAAUGCUAAUGGAGAAGACACUGCCCAAAAUGAAAAGAAGGAGCCCAUUAAAACUCCAAAAGAAAUGAAGAAAGUCCUUACAUCAAUGGCUCCACUCACUUUACCGGGACAUACCGGUUAUUUGACUUUUGCAACACUACCACCAGUGUUUGCCAGAUAACUUUGCAUUCGUUAAGUUUUAAGACAAUUAAAGACAAUUUGUUAUCAAGCUAAAUAAAUUGGUACUUUUGUAUUUAAAAUUAAUUUAA